AUGAGUAAAAUACGGGGCCUCCCACCUGAGGUCAGGGAACCAGGCCCUGGAGUGGAACUUGGGGUGGAAGAUGGCCUCCUUUGUCAACUGAUUCAUUCUCCAGAAUUCAACUUGUUCUCUGACUCAGUGGUGUUUGAAAGCAUCUUUGUCCAGGUCACUAAGCCGGGGAACUGGAUGGAUGACUGUGAAGGGCCAACCACUGUGAUCCUUGGGGUGACCUCAUCCGUACCCUCCUUGCCACUACCCAACAUCCUCCUGAUGGCCAACAUCACCUGGCCCCAGGGUCAGUUUUCCACCUGGAGCACACCUGGGAGUGCCCCAGUCAUCACCCUCAGCAGGAUUCUGCCCCUGAAGUACGUGGAACUGCGAAUCUAUGACCGGCUCCAGCGCAUCCUAAGGGUUAGGACAGUGACUGAAAAGAUCUACUACCUGAGGCUCCACGAAAAACACCCCGAGACCGUGUUUCAGUUCUGGAUCCGUUUGGUGAACAUUCUGCAGAGAGGUCUGUCCAUCACCACCAAAGAUCCAAGAAUCCGAAUCUCUCACUGCCUGGUGCCCAAGUUGCCCUGCCGCUCAGCAGAAACAUCUGAAAGCAGCCUGCCAUCAUCCUCCCAGCCCAGUGAGAGCUCCAUGCUGUUGGCUGCCGAGCAGAACAGUGACCGUUUCUUGAACCUCUCAGGAACUUCCCAGCUCACAGUACACAGAAACACCAGCAGUGCCACUGAAAUAGAGAAUUUCAACUGCAGUGACAACACAUCCUUGCCAGCAUCAUCCCCGGUCAUUUCGAAUAUACCUAUGAGAGCCACAUUGAGCCACAGUCUCUGGGAACAAGAGAAUGCCGAUGAGUACAACUUGCAGGCUCCUGUAGCCAGUUCCUUAGGAGAGAACUUCUGGGGACCCUAA